AUGGAAAUUCUGGCGUGGAAUUGUCGCGGCCUCAAUAAUGAUGCCGCUGUACAAGCAUUGAAGAGGCUGAUCCAACAGAAACGCCCUUCUAUCGUAUUUCUUUGUGAAACAAAGGUGAAUGACUGGGAGUACAUGAAUGGGUUGCGCUUGCAGCUCGGGCUUUUGAAUUGCGAGGCGGUCUGGAGUGUAGGUCAUUCAGGCGGGCUUGCUAUGUUUUGGGUGGAUGGUUUGGACGUCCGUUUCCGAUCGAAGUCGUUGCACCAUAUCGACGUUGAAGUCUGGGCGACGGAUGGUUCUCAUGUGGGUUGGAGGCUGACAGGCUUUUACGGCCAUCCGGUGACUGCGGAGAGGCACACUACCUGGUCGCUCCUCCGUACACUUGCUGAUGAGUCUUCCCUGCCGUGGCUGGGUUCCGGGGGGGGACCGUAUACAUGGAGGGGGGCUGGUGUGUGCAGCCGGUUGGAUAGGGCAGCGGCGUCUGCUUCUCUGGUCGACAUUUUUCCGGGCUCCUAUGUUCUCCAUCUCCCUCCGGUGCAUGGGGAUCAUGUACCUAUCCUGGUUGGAGUUUGGGGGGUUCCACCUCCAGUGCUGCAACGGAGGCAGCCUCGGUUUAGAUUUGAGAGCUUCUGGACCGCCCAUGAUGGGUGUAGGGAGGCGGUGAACACAGGCUGGGCGUCCCGGGUGUCUGGCAGACCUAUGUUUCAGGUUGUGCGAAAGAUAAGGCAAACAAGGUUCUCUGUUAACAGUUGGCAGAGAGAGGUGUUUGGGAAUCGAGGGCGUGAAAUUGAACUGAUUAGGAGCAGGUUACAAACUCUGUUGAAUCAACCUUUAGCUGAUGGCAGCCAGGAGGAGAGUAUGGCGCUAAACUUGAAGCUUGACAAGUUGUUGUCUGAUGAGCAUGCGUACUGGAAACAACGUUCAAAAAUUACCUGGCUGAAAGACGGUGAUAGAAACACCAAGUACUUCCAUCGUAAGGCUUCCUAUCGGCGAGCUAAAAAUAGGUUGGUGGGAUUAUUUGAUUCUAAUGGGGAAUGGCAAUCUUCCGAGUUAGGCUUGGAGCAGGUCAUCCUUGAUUAUUUUUCUGGUAUGUUUAAAGCUAGUGAGGUUAGGGCCAAUGAUUUGUUUUCUGCUGUUGAUUUAAUUCAGCCAAAGGUUACUGGAGCAAUGAAUGAUGAUCUUUGUGCCCCUUAUUCGGCGGGUGAGAUUAAGACUGCUUUAUUUCAGAUGUACCCAACCAAGGCCCCAGGCCCAGAUGGUAUGCCGCCCUUGUUCUUCCAGGAAUAUUGGGAUACAAUGGGUGAUGAUGUCGUUCAGGCUGUGCAAAAUUUUUUACAUACUGGUCAGCUUUUGAGGGAGAUAAUUUUCACCCAUAUCUGUCUGAUUCCAAAGGUCCCCAACCCGGAAACAGUGGCUGACCUCCGACCCAUUGCUUUGUGCAACGUGAUCUAUAAGAUUUGUUCGAAGGCUAUUACUAAUAGGCUGAAGCGGGUUCUGUCACAUCUCAUCUCCCCUUUUCAGAGUGCUUUUAUCCUAGGUCGUUUAAUUACUGAUACGUUGAUUGCGAAUGAAGUUUCUCAUUUUAUUCAUAAUUGUCAAUCCAGCUCUGAAGGGGUCUUUUCCCUUAAGUUGGAUAUGAGUAAGGCAUAUGAUCGUAUGGAGUGGAAAUUUUUGGAGGCAAUUUUGCUCAGGUUUGGUUUUGAUGAAGCUUGGGUGCAUAUUAUAAUGCAGUGUGUUACCACAGUGAGGUAUGCUUUUCUAAUCAAUGGCAAGCCUAGAGGAUAUUUAACUCCUACAAGAGGAUUACGGCAGGGAGACCCUCUCUCUCCAUAUCUAUUCUUGUUAUGUGCUGAAGUCUUUUCUGCUUUGCUUGUGCGUAAGGCGGAACGACAGGAAUUGAAGGGUAUUCGCAUUUGUCCUGAUGCUCCUCUCAUCCACCAUCUUCUUUUUGUGGACGAUAGUUUGCUUUUUGGGCGAGCUACGUUGGAGGAGUGCCUCCAUAUUAAAUCAGUUCUUACAGACUAUGAGAUAGCCUCAAGGCAACAGGUGAACUUCUCUAAAAGUAGUAUUGUUUUCAGUAAGAAGGUGAAUGUUUCUUUACAAGGACAACUAGCAAAUUCUUUGGGUGUGAAGAUUGAAGCUAAACAUGAUAAAUAUCUAGGGUUGCCAACUUAUCUGGGUAGGAAUCGCACUGAACCAUUUGCUUAUAUCAAGGAGCGGUUGAGUAAGAAGCUUGAAGGGUGGCAAGGAAAAUUAUUGAGCAGUGCUGGUAAGGAUCUUCUCAUUCGGGUGGUUGCUCAGGCCCUUCCAUCCUAUGCAAUGAGUUGUUUCCUUUUACCACGUACUUUGUGUGAUUCUCUUCAUCAAAUGUGUGCAAGAUUUUGGUGGGGGUGUAAAGGCGACAAUCGAAAAAUUCAUUGGCUUUCUUGGGAGAAAUUGUGCAAUUCUAAAGCUGAUGGGGGCAUGGGAUUCCGUGAUUUGUAUGCUCACAACUUAGCAUUGCUUUCUAAGCAGGGUUGGAGGUUGAUUAGAUAUCCUGAGUCUUUGGUGGGAAGAGUGUUGAAGGCUAGGUACUUUCCAUCCACCACCUUUUUGACUGCUCCAGUGGCUAAGUCUCCUUCUGCUUGUUGGAGAGGGAUUUUUGAGGCCAAAGCUAUUUUAUUGCGUGGAAUUCGUUGGCAAGUGGGUGAUGGUUUAUCUAUCCGGAUUUGGGAGGAUCCUUGGGUUCCCCGACCCUUCUUGUUCCGUCCCUUUGUCCGUCGGGCUGAGGGGCCGAUUCGGGUGGCUGAUCUUCUUCUUCCCGGUGGUAAGUGGAAUCAUCAGACUAUUUUGGAGGUGUUUGAUCAUGAAGAUGCUUCUUUAAUUCUAUCUAUUCCUCUGAGUCACAGAGUUAUCCCUGAUAGGUUGGUUUGGCACUUUGAUUCUAAAGGUCUUUUCUCUACAAAAAGUGCGUAUAAAUUGGCAGUUGAAUCUUCCUUGCUUGGUACUGGAGUUGUUGCAAGCUCUAUAGUUCACCCUAGCAUUUGGAAGAAGCUAUGGGACGCUACUGUGCCUGGGAAAAUUAAAGUGCAUGUGUGGCGUGUUUGUGCUAACAUUCUACCUACUGUUGAUAAACUUCGCUCUAAGAGGGUAUUUCUUGAUCAAGGUUGUUGUUUUUGCAACGAUGGAGAUGAGUCUGUGGAACAUAUUAGUCGUGAUUGCAGCUUUGUUGGGGAUCUACUUGGCUGCUUCCCCGGUUUGAUAUCAGUGUUGUCAAGGGCUGUUAGAGUUGGGUCUAUGUUGGAUUGGGUAGCUCGUUGUGUUGGUAUGCUCUCAAGUGACAACUUUGCUCUUCUCAUGAUGGUGAUUUGGAGUGUUUGGAAAGAACGCAAAAGGGUUUGGUCAGGUAUGUUUCUCUCCUUGGCCCAAGUAUUCAAUCAAGUGCGAAACUACUUUUUGGCUUUCAAAGCUACCUUACAUGUGAAGGUGAGUCGAGUGCGAGUGGUUAUACCAUGGUCUCUUCCACAAGAAGGUUGGCUCAAGGCCAAUGUUGAUGGGGCCUUUAGUAGUGUUACAGGGUCUGGGGGCUUCGGUGUGGUGGUACGCAAUUGGAGAGGCCAAGUUGUGGGUGGAGCGUGUUGUAAGGUCGAGUUUGCUCGGUCUGCACUUAUGGUUGAAGCCUUAGCUGCCAGGGCAGCGUGUAUGUUGGCAAUGGAGCACCGUCUUGUGCCUAUUGCCUUUGAGACUGACUGUCAGCAGCUGGUGCUUGCUGUUGAGGCAGGGGAGGGCGAAGAUGCAUCACAAAUUGGCAGACUAGUUGAUGAUAUUGCUUUGGGUAUUAAAUCCCUGCAUGGCUCUACACUUUCACAUAUAUGUCGCGAGUCUAAUGGGGUAGCUCAUAAACUUGCUCAAGUUGCUUUGCAUUUAAACUUUCAAGUUGUCUGGAUGAAAUUUUUGCUCCUCACUUCUGUCUUGUUACUGAGCACCAACAGCACAACAACUCAAACUGAAGAUCAUCCCCCUUUUCUGUACACCGUCUGUUAUGGCAAUGGGGGUAAUGACAGUGCUAAUAGCAUCUACCACACCAACCUCAAUCAGAUUCUGGCAGAUCUGUCCUCCACUGACAAUGAUGUAUUUGAGUGA